AUGAUUAGUACAAUUAAUAAGGAUAUUAAAGUUUGGAAUUUUAUUAAUCAUUAACUAUAUGAUACUUCCAUAAUUUUGAAAGGACAUUAACAAAAUGUUUAUUGCUUAGUUUAUAGUAAAAUAAGUUAAUGGUUUAUAUCAGGAGGAUUUGAUCAAAAUAUAAUUAUAUGGAAGUAAAUAAAUGAAUAAUAAUGGGAAUCUACAUGUAUUUGUAAUUCUGGAUCUGAAGUUUUCAAUUUCUAUUUGAAUAAAAAUGAAGAUUAACUUUUUUCUAGUCAUUUAGAUGGUUCAAUAAAAAUUUGGUUGGUAAGUAAGGAUUUAAAUUCUCUUUCUUUAAACUAAACAUUACACAAACAUAAGAAAUAAGUAGGCUAGAUAAGUAUUAACGAAGAAGAAUCUUAAAUGGUCUCCUGUAGUUCAGAUAAAAAAAUAAUAAUAUGGGAAUAAGAUAAUAAUAAGAAAUGGUAGUUCAAAUAUUUUGUAAAUAAGACGGUUGAUGAUAGUGGAGAAAGAAUAAUUUAUUUAGAUAAAGAUACCAUUACAUGGAAGUAAAUUUAAAAAGGAAUUAUUCAUAUUUUUCAUUAAGAAAAUAAUAUUUUUGUCGAGAAAAAAGAUUAAUAAAUCAAUCUUAAAGCAAUUGAGUUUGCUGAUUAUAUGUGUUUAUGUCCCUUUAUUUUUAAUAGAAAGAAAUAAAUAUUAAUAAUCAAACAUCAUAAUUAUAUGAAUAUCUUUAAGUAUGAAAAUAGCCAAUUAACAUAAAUUGAAGAACCUAUCCAAUUUGAGAAUUUUUCAUUUUUUGGCAAUUUAACCUAGGAUGGUAAGUUUUUAGUAAUUUGGAUCAGCUAACAACAUUUAUAUAGAGUUUAUUAAUUAUUUUAAGAUUGA